AUGGUGGCUUUGUGCCUGGCUCGGGAGGUUGACGGCGGCCCCGUGCCGUCUAGCCGUGGAGGAAGAACAGCCACCACGACGACCACCAUCAUGGCCCCUCUGCCGCUGACACCAGCUGUGACCGGCAGUGGUGCUGUGGAGCGGCGGGGCAGUGGCAGUGGCACUACUAGUGGAGGUGGAGGUGGCAGUUUGGAGAGCAGCCGGCCGGUGGAUCAGUGGUACAAGACCAAGCUGUGCCCCUUCUUCAAGCGCAAGCGGUGCAACAAAGGCCUCGCCUGCAACUACGCACACAGCCGGGCGGAGCUGCGCACGCUGCCGGACCUCGCCAAAACAAGGUGGGUGGGUGGCCAGAUGCCGCACAAACAAGACACAAGAGAAACAAAUGGCUGGUCCACUGUCCUGUCACACGUGUGUGUGUGUUGGUUGCUAUCAGUAUCUGUGACGCGUAUUUGAAGGGCGCGUGUGGCAACAAGGACUGCAAGUUUGCGCACGGGGCGAGCGAGCUGCGCGUCACGCCCGACUACUACAAGACCAAACCCUGCCACAACUGGCAAGACGGUCAGUCAGCACACAGGGAAGCAGACGCUCACCAGUUAUGUGUCCGCUCGACCCUCAAUCGUGGGUGUGUCUGCUUGUUUAUUUGCGUGUGUCUGCGUGUUUUGCCAGUAGGGUUUUGCCCGUACGGCGAAUCAUGCCGACACGCACACGGGGAGGCCGACCGACGUCCCAGAGUGUAAGCGCAGCACACCACAGCACAGCACAGCGUUUUGGCCGGCCGUCCUGCGUGGCUUCAUUGCAUUGGUGGUGUGUCGUUGGUUCAGGUACCGUGCCACCGCCCAGGAGCGUCACCUGGCACGUGACUACCGCGAGUCCAAGGGGCAGGACAAGGCCACCAAGCAGGCCCACCCUGGGGCACCACCACCCAAGAAGCCCCCGCCACUACUCAGCACACUCAUCCCGCACCCCACCACCACCACCAUCACAACCAUCGGCACCGCGGGCAAGGCCAUCACCGCCCAGCACACACCCGCUCCCCUCACCCACCAGCACCAGCAUCACCACAGCAACAGCCCCUCCUCUGCAUCGACCACAUCCACGCAGGCCAGCCAAACAUUCGCGCUCCUCUACGCCACCACACCCACACACGCGCAGAUACCAACAACUGACGCCAACGGCAAAGCGGCCACGGUCGGCGUGAGUGUGUGGGAGUGCGGACGCAGGGAGAGCAGCACGAGCACGAUCCUCGACGCAUCCGAGAGCGACUCGACACACGCAUCGACACCACAGUCGGCCUCGAUGGUCCCGGCGUGCCCGGUGGUUGGCCCGGCCAGCGCCUUCUUCGCCCACUCGAGCCACAAGGGUGGUGACGAGUGCGACGAGGACUACCUCCGGGGGUCGUUCAUGUGCCAGUGGGACAUACAGAAGGCGCCCAGAGGUGCUGGUGCUGCUGGUGGUGGGAGUGCGGGGGUGAUGGUGAGGCAGGGUACUGGCCAAAGCCCUCUGCUGCAGCCGGACCAUGUGGUGCUCGACGGUGAGAAGAAUCGCACACACAGAGAGAGGACCAUGAUGGCGUCUUCAAAGUGGUGUGUUUGUAUGUCUGUGUGCAGUCGUGAACGCCAUUUUGGAGGACUAGGCGUGUGCGCGAGCUGGUCUCGUCAGAAGUGGUCGGGCAGGCGAGGCCAACAAAUGCGACGUAUGCCCUCUACUUGCGCAUGGAAGAGGGGCGGGCGCAUGGCUGGCUGGCUGCAUGGCUGCAUGGCUGACUGACUGAUCGGGCGCUGUUGUAAGUAAAUACUGCGCUCUGUUUUGCCUGCCGAGGGGCUGCCUACUUCUCUACUUGUCUGUCUGUACAUCCUUCUCGUCCUUUCGGUCGACUGAGUCCUACCUAUCGCACAGCCAGUGGUGGCCGUUCACGCUGUGUCUGCUUGUCGAGCGCGAUCUUGCAGGGGCAUUUCACCUCCAGAGCGAGAUGCUCCAAAAGGAUCGUGGGCGGGCUGCAGACACGGAGUGAGGGGUGACGCCAUCCAUCCGUCACGGCUUGGUCUCGUCAUAUCGCACCGCACCCUUUCUCCCCUGUCUGUCUGUCUGUCUGUGUGUUUUGCGCAUACAUACAUACAUACAAAGCUACAUGACAUGUAUGUAUACGUGAGUAGGGCGUGUACCCGCCCGCCCGUUCGUUUGAGUGACUGAGUGACUGGCUGCCUGCCUCCCUCGCUGCCUCCCUCCCUGGCUUCCUUGUCUCUGUCUACAUUUCUUGCCUAGUCUAGGUGACGGAACUGACCGACCGACCGACCGACCGACCGACAUGCAUCCGAUAGCGUAAUUCAUUCGUUCUUCGUUGGUUCUGUCCGCCACCGGCUAUCUACCCGCCCAGCCUUCCUUUCCUGUGUAUGUGUUUGUGUACGUGUGUGCGUGCCUUUGUGUAUUGGUUCGUUCAUGUCCAUCCCUCCCUGCCUGCCUGCCGCCUGCCUGCCUGCGUGCGUGUGGUGCAUAUUUAUCCGGCCGGCAACCAACAAUCCAAAUGGACAUCGGGUUCAUCUGCCCGAGUGAGUGGAGUGGGUGGCUGGAGAAAUGGUGGGUGGGGCGAGCAAAUGGGCGAGGGGGAAGGUUGGGUGUGGCGGGGUGGGUGUCGCUUGGUCGUUUUGACGUCGAGCUGUAGCAGCUAUGACCUAAGUGCCUAUGGUAUCGAUUCUAUCGAUUGCGUUGUAUGUAUCGCUUUCGGUGUUUUCUCUCUCUCUCUGUCCGCCUUUCUUUCUACGCGUACACGUGUACACGUGUAUGCGUCUAUACGUUUUAUCCCUUAACGUAUUGUUGUGUGUGAGUCCGGUCCGUCCUUGAGUCAGGUAAGCAGAUCGACCGAUGCCCCACCCCACCCCACCUACCUGUCUGUCUGUCUUGCUUUCCUUCCCUCCCCGUCCUUGGCGGUUUUGUGGUGUCACUUACGAAGGUAGGAAAGGUGUCUUGUCAACCUAGGUAGGUUUAUCUCUCUCUGGAGGCCUCGGUGGCUGGGUGGGUUGGUGAAUGCAUGGGUGGAGGAGAGGAACACCUGCGUACUAAAGGUGAAAGGCAGGCGAUUUGAGUUGGGAGUGAGAGUGUUUAGUGCGUGCGAACGGCGUCACAUGUGUGUGUCCAUGACUGACUGACUGACUAGGUAGGCCGAUCGUGGGUUAUUAAGAAAGGAGUAAGUAAGCCACAAAAGGUCAUGCUGAAAUGGCGUUUCCUAACGUCGCGUGUGCGUACAUUCAUCCACUCACUCAGUCACCGGUGCGUGUGUUUGAUGGUGGCCAACUCUCUCUCUCUCUCUCUCUCCCUCUCCCUCCCGUCUAUAUCUCUGUCUCUCUUCCGUCCGGAUGCGUGCGUGGCGUGUUGGUGCGUCUUUUUCACUCAUGCUCUCUGCCAAUGCGUCCAUCCAUCCAUUUGCUGCCCUCUCUGUCUGUCUGUCUGUCUGUCUGGUCGUCUAACCGCCUGGCUGGCUGCUACAUUUGCUCCCACACACGUGUCUGUGCAUCUGGACGCUUGGCUGCCUGCAUGCCUGUGAGAAAUGAAAGAAGUCCGUGGCUGGCUGACUGGCUGGUCGGCUGCGUGCAUGUGCAUGACUCGACCGAAGACACCCCACCCCACGUCAUGUCAUGUCAUGCCACGCCGUUUUCCUGUCGGCAGUAAGUGAGUGAGUGUCCUUGUCCUCCCUCUCUCCUUGUCUCCUCGCCCCCCUUUUUUCCACACGAGGCGACCUGCCUGCCGACAGACGGACGGACCGACCUCCAGCCGACGUAGCUAUGACACUUACGACAUACGUCAUUCGCCUGUUUGUGUGUAUGUAUGUAUAUGUGCCAUGUGUGUGGCCGGCCAUGCCGUGUGUGUGGUGCGUGGCCGGCACGGCACAGCAAACCACGGCGGACCUGACUAGCUAUUUAACCAGCGAAACAGAGAGAGAGAGAGAGAGACGGAGGGUGGAAAAGAUGAGUGGGUGAAUGCGUGAUUGCAUUGGGGGGGGUGGGUACGUUUGUGAGAAGUAGGUCUGUUUGUUGCACGCACGUGUGUGUGUGUUAUGUGUGAAACCGGCAUGCAUGACUGGAUGGCAUGGAAUACAGGUACCCAGGUGUCAUGUCAUGUCAUGUCAUGAAUGGAAUGCAGGCAGGUACAAAGGUAUCCAUACGUACGUAUACGUAUAUAGGUCUUUCUUCAUAUACAUAUCUGUAUGUGUAUGUGUGUGUGUAUGUGUGUACAAUCGGCUGGCUCUUCCGACAGACGCACGUCAGAAAGGUCGUCAGCCCAGCCAUGGCCACCGCCCGGCCCACAUUUGUUUAUGUAUCUAUCCAUCUGCCUGUGAUGGAAGAAAAGACAGACAGACAGGUCAAAGCAAGCGUGUCAUUGAUCAUGAUGUACGGUCGCUCGAUUGAGUACUCUAGGUAUUGGUAUACACGUACGUACGGCGAAUGUGCCGCCCUCGCUCAUGCAUCCAUCGAUCCAUCCAUCCAUCGAACAACAGGUCUCUGGCUAGCCUCAAUCCAUUACAUAUCUACUAAGGUCACCUACUUGCCUACUCACUCGUCUAGUUGCUGCAAGCCAAGCCCACAAAGUGUGUGUAUACAACUCACUCACUCUUGUACGCUCACGUACACAGCGCAGCCGCUCACUCGAUCUGCUUGAACCUGCCUUUUUGUCUUGACUCGCGGACAGGCGAGGUCACCUCACGCACGACAUGCGAUGAUCGGUCGGAAGUGUAAUUGUGAUCUGUGUCAAGAUUCUCCUGCCUAUUUCUCGGCGGUUAUGGUGUGUGUCGCGCUCGCCAUUGUCGAUGUCCCCGGUCCUAUGUGGGACUACGGCAAUGUGGUAGAGCAGGCAUGCAUCCGAACUGCAGAGAAAGCCCGCACGGAAGAUCUGAGCCCUCCUCACUGCUCCUGCAUCGAUCGACCGACUGACCGACCCCAACCAAUUCACUCUCUCAUGAGCUGCUGACUGACACCCCUGUCGGUGCGGUGUGGCUCGCUCGCUGUCUGGUGUUUUAUGUCUGGUGUGCUGUGUGUCGCCGUACGUUUUUCCACUCUCUGUAUUUGUUUGUGUAUCUAGCGGUCGGUGCCCUCGAUGAUUGCUCGAUGGACGGAUGGGUGGAUCCAUUGUCCCACAUGAUGUGUGUGCAUGCCAUGCCAAUUCACUCUUCACUCACCCACUGCUGAUUCUUGCCUCCCGAGGCAGACAGACAGACAGACACUCCUGAUACACUUCACACCGACACAGAGACAGAGACAAAGAGGGCACACCAUUUUGCACCCACCCACCCACACGUAUCAUGGAGAGACAAAAGAAAACGACCCCAACACUCACUAGUGGCGUCUCCUCUUCAUGUCUUUCUGGCUACGAUGCAUGAUUGACUUUUCCCUCCCUCCCUCCCUCCGUCUGUGCGCCGUCCGUGGUGUGUACUUGCACAUCUCUCUGUGUCUGGGCCGGCCGGGGGGAAUAUGUGGCUGUGGGUGCUAGUCACUGAGUGAGUGGUGUGUUCUGAUGUUCUUGUACAUGCGCGACGAUGAAUGAAACAGACAGAGCGCAUGAGACCCACGUGCGUCCAUCCACCCACCCAUCCAUGCAGUGAGUGCACUGUGUGUGUGUGCAUGUGCUGCACACAAAUCAAGGGAGAGUUUUCUUACGUUAUCGUCGACUGACUUGUCGAUGGAGCCGUAAUUGCCUUUUUUUGACCGCAUUCUUGCGGGGGUUGGCUUCUCGAGAGAAGCCGGCACUGCAGGGUGCUUCUAUAUCCAGUGUGAUUUGACCGACACAGACGCACCGACGCGCCCAUUCAGAUACGCACAGCAAUGAAGGCAUCGAAAGAAUCAGUGCCUGCCAGUCAAUGCAUUGCAAUGGACUCCACCAGGG